AUGGACAACCCAUCCCAAAGCCUGUCCGCCUCGACACUGAUGGCGUCGGCUAAGCUCGGCCACGCUUGUGAAUCUUCAAAGGCAGCCCCUUCUACUGCCUCCACAGGCAUGCUGCACAUCGUGCUCCACCUCUGCUUGAUUUCCGACGGCGCAUCACGUCCGCCACCUCUGCACCGGUCGCCUCUGCUCUGGCCGCCUCUGCUCCAGCCACCUCCACCCUCUGUGCCAGUCGGCGGCCGCCUCCACCCUCUGCUCUGGCCGCCGGAAGCCCUAGCCCUCUGCUCCGGCCGCCUCCAACAUCCGCUCCGGCCGUCUGCCUCCAUCCUCUGCUCCGGCCGCCCACCUCCACCCUUUGCUCCGGCCGCCCGCCUCCAGUCCUCCACCCUCUGCUCCGGCCGCCUCCAACGUCUGCUCCGCCCGCCUGCACCUCUGUGUUGCUUGUGUGAUAGAACUAUAACUGGAGGAAUUACAAGGCUCAAGGAGCAUCUUGUGGGUGGUUAUGGAGAUAUUCUGAAGUAUGCCAAAACCACACCAGCUAUUGCUCAGGAGAUGCAAGCUGCUUUGAAGGGCAAGAAGAGACCACUUCUGCUUGAUAAUGAUGGAGAGCUUCAAGGAGAAGAUGAUGAUGUGCUUGAUGUGACAGAGGAGUCCCAAGAUGCUUCUAGAAGCAUUGUGCAUCCUAGUUCAGGGACAGCUGCCAAAAGGAAACAAUCUAGUUUUUUGAAGUUCAGAGCACCAAAAGAGACCAACACAAAGCAAUUUGAGAUUGCUAUAGAGGCCACUGCACAAUAUGGUUCUGGGUACAAGCCUCCAUCCUACCAUGAGCUUAGGGAGCCAUUACUCGAGAAGGUUGUUAAGGAAACAUAUGAUUUGAGGAAGAGGCAUGAGGAUGCAUGGAAGCAAUAUGGUUGCACAUUAAUGUCAGAUGGAUGGACGGAUAGGAGAGGGCACCAUUUGAUCAACUUCCUAGUCAAUAGUCCAGAGGGGACUUUCUUCUUAGAGUCGAUUGAUGCAUCAAGUGAAGUUCAUGAUCCAGUGAUGCUAGCUGAUUUGUUAGAGAAGAGAAUAAGCGACAUUGACGUUGAUAAAGUUGUGCAAGUAGUCACUGACAAUGGGGCUAACUAUAAGGCAGCGGGCAAGCUUCUCAUGGAGAGGUUUCCUACACUUUAUUGGACACCUUGUGCUGCACAUUGCUUGAAUCUUAUGUUGGAAGAUGUUGGAAAGUUGAAGGCAUUCAAGAAGCCUAUCUCACGUGCCCGUCAUGUCACUACUUUCAUCUAUAGGCAUGGAAGACUUUUUAGUGCAAUGAGGGAGAAGACAGGUGGUAGGGAUCUUGUGAGACCAGCAGCAACUCGAUUUGCUACCACAUUUCUCAACUUACAAAGUUUGCACAAGCAUAGAGAUGCACUGAGAUAUCUGUUUACCUCUGAUGAUUGGACGAGUUGCAAACUAGCAAAGACAGAGGCUGGGAAAAAAGUGUAUGAUAUUGUGCUUUUUAGGGAAUUUUGGAACUCUGUUGAGGAUUGCCUUAGAGCUUCUCUACCACUUAUCAUUGUGUUGAGGGUGGUUGAUGGUGAUGAGAGGCCUGCCAUGCCAGAGGCUGGGAAAAAAGUGUAUGAUAUUGUGCUUUCUAGGGAAUUUUGGAACUCUGUUGAGGAUUGCCUUAGAGCUUCUCUACCACUUAUCAUUGUGUUGAGGGUGGUUGAUGGUGAUGAGAGGCCUGCCAUGCCAGAGGUUGCUUCUCUCAUGAAUCAUGCAAAAGAGAGGAUAAAGACUGCCUUCUGUACUGAAAAUAAGAGAAGCUUGCUCAAUAAUAUCUUACAAAUUAUUGAGGGUCGUUGGGAUAGGCAAAUGGACACCCCACUCUAUGGUGCUGCCCUCUUUUUGAACCCAGAAAAAUUCUAUGCCAUCCAAAAAGAGAAUGAUAAAUAUGUUGGGCACCUAAGGGGUUGUUUCAAUGAUGUGCUUGCACGAAUGGUGGAAGAUGAGACCCUUCGAAACAAAAUUGAAGAACAAUCCAUGCUCUACGAAGAUCAACGUGGAGGCAUCUUCAAGAAUUGUAUGGCCCUUCAAACUAUGAAGUCAAAGAACCCUCUUGAUUGGUGGCGUGCGUAUGGUGGUCGAUCUAUUGACUUACAAAGAUUUGCUAAGUGUAUUGUUAGUCUUUGUGCUUCAUCAUCUGGUUGUGAGCGUAAUUGGAGCACUUUUGAAUUUAUUCAUACAAAGAAGAGAAACCGGCUAGAGCAUAAAAGAUUGAAUGAUUUGAUUUAUGUUGCCUACAAUCGGAAAAUAACUAGUAGAUUCCAAAAACGCCGUGAGGAAGCGGUGGAUGCUACUAAAGAUGAUGCAGAGAACAUGGAUGCUUCAAACGAUUUUGAUGAGUUUGCAUUGGAUGACUUUUGA